ACACAGCAGGUGGAGGAAUCGCCAUGGCUGCCCACGGACUCCUGGUGUCGCUGCUUUUACUGUUCCCUGUGGCGCUGGUUUCAAUGGAGCAGCGCGCCUACUCGGACUCGUACCUAGCGGCGGCUGACCAGAUUAUUUUCAACCUGCUGGACCAGUACCACUACACUCACGGACCAGGUGCAACGACAGAGGCGACCGCCCCCGCCUCGCCGGCCCCGCUGUCUGAGGGAGUGAGCCUGCUGCCACGCGGCCCCGCCGGCGCCGGCCUCCCACCGCCGGCAGGCUCUGCUCAGAGCGCGGGGGCGGCGCACAGGCAGAAGGAGUCCGCGGCCAGGAAGCGGCUGCAGGAGCUGCACGGCGUGCUGAGCGGCGAGGCGCGCCGGCAGAGCGUCGCCAAGGCGGAGGGUUUCUCUGACGCGAUGAUACGCUGGUUGGAGGGGACGUCGCAGCUGAACGCGGCGGAGCAGCUGCGGGCGGUGCUGGAGAAGGUUCUGGAGAAGGGCGAGGCGCGUCGUGACGCCAGCCGUCGCCUCGUCGAGGACGCCGUCCACCUGCUAGAGAACCCGGAGAGCGACUUCAGCCAGGAAGUGGCCACGCUGCAGACGCUCCGCUACACCCAGUAG